ACGCGGGUGGGGCUAAGAGCAACGGUGUCCACUCGAUUUAUUGGUCAGGCUUUUGGACUCCCAACGACGAGGGCAUCGUCUUUUUUUGUACAUCUCACGUUCCGUGUUUGCUCUAUCCUUCCUCUAACGAAAGACUUAAUAUUUUUCAUAAAAGAUAAAAAAUAAUCAAGUGUUGCCUGCCUAAGAUGUCUAUGGUAAAGAGUGGUUGGCUCCAUCGACAAAGUACCAUACUGCAUCGGUGGAAAAGAAACUGGUUUGAUUUGUGGGUCGAUGGAUGGCUUGUGUUCUAUAAUAAUCAGCAACGGCGUGACGUGGAGGAUGACGUCCACAUGAGGGACGAAUGCAUUGACAUCCGCAACUUUUAUGCUUGUCAAGAGCUGAACCCUCCGGAGGGGAAGAUGCGCGAUGCCUUCCUUCAGAUAGUGUUGCGAGAUGGACGGGUCAUCAGCCUGUGUGCAGACAGCGCAUAUGAUGCUCUGGCAUGGACCAUGGCACUUCAGGAUGCCAGAAUUAAUGCGGUGGUCGCUACACCUCAGAUCGGCUUUGCACAGGAAGUGAUAGCAUCUGCUCCUCCCCCCUACUCAGAAUAUGCUCCACCACUUCAGGGUUAUGCCCUGGGACCGUAUGGAGAAUAUGUUGCACCUCCGCCACAUGCUACACAGAUUGUUUACUCUGCUGAUGGGCAGCCCUACGCUUAUCCUCAUCACUACCAAGGUGGGUACACCACUCCUGAAGUGAACCAUGUUGUUAUUCAUGAACCCCAGCAUGAAGACCGAGGAGAUGUGCCUUGGGGCAUCCUCGCUGGAACAGCAACUGGUUUGACACUUGGUGCUCUCUUCUCUGUCUUCUAAUGUCUUCAUUAAUGUACAUUUAGUAGCACAUACUGCCUAUGUGUUUUUAUAUAUAUAUA